AUGACAUAUGCGGAUCAAGUGAGGGGAAAACAACAGCUCCCAACAACCAUGAUUGAUAUUAAUGCUCUUCCAAAACCCACGGUGAAAGAAGGAAAACCAGCUGUGGUUCUUCCGGAUUCAUUCUAUUAUGAAGGUUGUGAUAUUUGGAAAUAUAGCCUUAUAGGUCGUCUUGAUCUAAAAGGUAUAAACUUUCAAGAGGUUAAAAAUCAUUUUGAACAGAAAUGGAAAUUAGGGCAAGAGUUAUUACAAUUUGUCCCUAUGAGCAGGGGUUUCUUCAUUAUCAAGCUAAGAUCUCAAGAAGCAAAAGAUAAGAUUAUGAAAGUAGAAGCUUGGUUUUUUGGCCAUCAGAAGUUAAACCUAAUAGAAUGGUUUCCAGGUUUUGAUGCUGAGAAGCAACGCUCUUCUCAUGCUUCGGUAUGGGUUACUUUUCCUGGACUUUCAAUGGAGUUUUGGACUGAAAAAACGCUGUUAACAAUGGCAAAGUCUCUGGGUACUCCUAUAAUUGUUGAUAAACGUACUUUAGCUCAUGAAUAUGGUCACUUUGCUGCAGUUUUGGUGGAUAUUGACUUCGCAGAGCCUGCUACUGAUGCUAUCCAUGUUUCUGGUGGUGGUGUGGAUUUCCUGCAGCCUGUUGAAAUUCAAAAGGUUCCGAAAUUCUGUUCUAAGUGCAAGAUAAUUGGUCAUACAGAUCAGGAAUGUAGAAAACAAGCUAAAAACAAUGUGGAUAACCAAGUUCCGACGCAACAGAUUGUAGCUGUCCAACAACGAUCUAGUUCUGAGGUCCAACAAGGUACAGAAUGGAAGGUGGCGCAGCGUAAGAAAAAGGGUAAGAAGGCUUCAAAGCAACAGUCUUCUAAUGAAACAACAGAUAUUAAUAUAACUGGAGAUGUUGAUGUGGAGUAUGCUGCUAAGCUAGAGAAGGCUCAACAGUUGGAGGUUGCAAUGGCUAAGUCCCAAGCUGAACUUGAUGCUGUUUAUGUUGAAUUGACAGGUGCGGUAGUAAAUAAGAUUCCUAAACCUGUUAGGACUGGUUCAACUCCAACUCCUCUUAGUGACCAACUGAUGGCUGGUGAGUACUUGUUGAAGAGAAAUAAGUUUGAUGCUCUAAACCCAGUGAAUGAGAUGCCUGAAAGUGAGGCUGAUGCAAAAUUUAGGGCUGAACAAGAGCUUAAACGUAAUCGCAUGCAAAUCAUGCAGCGACGUAUUAAUAAUUCUACGGGUAGGGUUUCCCAAACUCACACGGUUUCCCAAACUGAUGAAGCUUCCCUAACUGAGAACGAUUCUUUGUUAGGAAAUUGUGUAGGAAAAGGAAGUUGUUUGACAAAAGGAAACACGUUGAGUUUAUACUCUGGUGAGUCCUCUAAGAUGGGUAAUUUUUCCUCCAAAACUUGUUUGUAA